AUGGCGCCAAUCAAGCAGAUCGAAUACUUUCGAGUACCUCCACGGUGGUUAUUUGUCAAAAUCACAGAUUCUGAGGGAAACACUGGUUGGGGCGAAGCUUCACUGGAGGGACAUACGGAGGCGGUCGAAGGCUGCCUCGAUGCCUUUGCUGAGCGAUUUGUCGGCUUGAAUGCAAAGUAUGACCCUGAUAUUGAGCGUAUAUGGCAAAAUGGCUACCGCAUGGGCUUCUAUCGGGGUGGGCCUAUCUUGAUGAGUGCCUUGUCGGGUAUUGAUAUCGCUCUAUGGGACUUAAAAGCUCGACGAUUCGGUGUACCUAUAUACGAGCUCUUAGGUGGAAAGGUCCGUAACCAGUUGCGGGUUUAUGCUUGGAUAGGCGGGGAUCGUCCUGGAGAUGUUGAGGCACAAGCCCGCAGCCGCAUUUCUCAGGGAUUCAAGGCAGUCAAAAUGAACGCAACCGAGGACCUUGGCUGGUUGGAUUCGCCCGCUACGCUCAACGCAUCGGUGGAGCGUCUGAAGACUGUCAAGAGUCAGGGACUCGAUGCUGGCGUCGACUUCCACGGGCGAGUACACAAGGCAAUGGCCAUUCAGCUUGCACAAAAGCUAGCUCCGCAUGAGCCAUUAUUUAUCGAAGAACCCCUGCUAUCAGAGCAUCCAGAAUCUAUUGCCGCCCUGUCCAAACUGAUUCCUAUCCCUAUCGCGCUUGGGGAGCGCUUGCACUCUCGUUGGGACAUUAAACCUUUUUUGGAAUCGGCAUCCGUGAGUAUUCUCCAGCCGGAUAUUAGUCAUGUCGGGGGCAUCUCAGAGCUGCGCCGUAUUGCCAUUAUGGCUGAGGCUUACGACGUGGCUUUGGCACCGCAUUGCCCCCUCGGCCCAAUCGCCCUGGCUGCCAAUAUCCAGGUUGAUGCUGUGUCAGCUAACUUUGCAAUCCAAGAAAUGAGUUUGGGUAUUCACUACAAUCACGGUUCGGCAGACAUUGAAACUUAUAUCAAGAACCCCGAAGCCUGGACAGUCAAGGAUGGCAUGCUGAAUCUUAUGCAGGCCCCCGGUCUGGGAAUAGAGAUGGACGAGGAAAAAAUCAGAGCUGCCACUAUGGGGGCUAAGGCCUGGCGAAGUCCCUACUUCCAGGGUCCAGGGGGGGAGUGGAGAGAGUGGUAA